UGAGUUGCUUUGAAGCGCACAUUAGAAAAAAGGAAGGGCAGUGGAUUGUCAAGUAAGCAUAUGCAUAUGAUAUUUUGUUUGGCUACAAUACAUUCCCUUUGUGUUUGUACCUCUCCAUGUUUUCCACUUUCUUUAUCUACCGAAUUUCCUCAUAACUUAAUUCUCCAUCACCAUGGCUGAAGAACCUCACUCUCACACCUUAGGCCCCAUGACAAGCCAUCAUGAUCAUCCCCAUGACCAUGACCAAGUUGGUGGCUUCGAUUGGAUGGUCCUUGUGGCAGCCAUUUUGUGUGCCUUUGUGUGUGCCCUUGGCCUCAACACUAUGCUACAAUGUGUCUUCCAAUGUGCCACUCGUGUCCUCACACAGCCUCGCCAAUGGAUCGCUUCUCGAAGGCUCAAUUCUGGCCUCAAGAAGAAGGAAAUGGUGGCUUUGCCAACCUCAACCUAUGCUCACUCUUCCUCUCCAUCUUCACCUUCCAAUUGUGUCAUUUGCUUAGCUGACUUCUCUGAUGGGGACCCCAUAAGGUUCCUACCAAAGUGCAACCACUAUUUUCAUGUCAUUUGCAUUGACAAGUGGCUCCUCUCUCACUCUUCUUGCCCUACUUGCAGGCACCUACUCAACUCAUCAAAUGACCAUUCUCUUCACUCCUUACAUAUUGUCAUACCUUAGUUCUCUCAACUUUCAACUACAUCAAUUCUAGGUCUUGUAUAUGUAAAGCUACAAUGUAUAACAUCUUUCUGUUUAAAGUGUGUUUGUUUUAUAGUCGACAAAUUUCAAACGUACGUUGAAAGAUUCAUGGAUUAAGUUAAAUGAACUUUGAAAAAUGUGUUGACAUUAAAACAAACACACACUUAUGUAUCAAUCUAGCUAUUCCUCCUUUAAAUUUUCUCAAUUUCAGGUCUAUGUACUUUGAGUCAGAUUUCAAUUAGAGUAGUACAAGAAUUGAAUCUUGUCUGUGUA